AUGGCAGCAUCCAGCAACAUUUUUGUUAUGAUGAUCUUGUUCAUUGCUACACUGUCGGUCACACCGGGGCUUGGAAUCUCAAGUGAUCAAGAACUUCCACCAGAUCCAUCACCAGAAUACCGCAAACAUUUGCAUGAGUGCGCAGAGAAGAUAUCAGAAGACUGUGGGGAUGAAGUCUUUUAUAGUACAUUUUUCAAUAAUGUGACAGUUUCUAAUGGUUGCUGUGUUCAGCUUCAGCAUUUGGGAAAAAGUUGUCACGAUGAUUUGGUGAACUUUUUACUCGAGGCCCCUGACCUUGGGAGCAAGGUCUCAGAAAUCUCAACAAGGAGUGAAAAAAUUUGGGAUAAGUGUGUUUUGGUAGCAGAAAGUGGCUCAUCUGCUCCUCAGCCUUCUGCAUCAAUCAUUGAAGACUAG